AUGCCUGGCAGCUCUGCCAAGUUUCCUCGUUCUGGGAGGAUCUCUCUCUACUCUUCUUCUUCUCUCCUCCCUCGCCCUUCUGCCCCUCCUACUCCUACGCCUUACUCUGUACCUCCUGCUGCUCCGCGUCCUUCUGCUCCUCCUGCUAAGCGCUCUAAGCUUUCCUCUGCCUCUUCUCGUAAGCAACGUAAGCUUACCUCUGUUCCUCUCGCUUGGCGCUCCUCUGCUCCUCCUGCUUGGCGCUUCUCUGCUCCUCCUACUUGGCGCUUAGCUGGUCCUCUAGCUAAGUCUUCCUCUGCUCCUCCUGCUCCUCCUGCUAACCCUUGCUCUGCUCCUCCUGCUCCGCGCCCCUCUGCUCCUCUUGCUCCUCCUGCUAAGCGCCCUAAGCUUUCCUCUGCUCCUCCUGCUCCUCCUGCUAAGCCUUGCUCUGCUCCUCCUGCUCCGCGCCCCUCUGCUCCUCUUGCUCCUCCUGCUAAGCGCCCUAAGCUUUCCUCUGCUCCUUCUGCUCCCCGCCCCUAUGCUCCUCCUGCUAAGCUUUCCUCUGCUCCUUCUACUUGGCGCCCUUCUGCUCCUCCUGCCAAGUCUUCCUCUGUUCCUCCUGCCUCCUGCUCCUCUGCUCCUCCUGCUCAGCCCUCUGCUCCUCUUCCUCCCCCUGAGUCUCCUCCUCACUUUCGUAAGUGCAAACGAAAGUCUUCUCCUCCUCGUGCUCCUCCUGCUGACGCUGCUAGCCUGUUACGCGUUAAACUAGCCCCUGUUGUUUCGCAGCCGGAGCCUGCCCCGCUGUUCCCUGGACCGGUCCCGGACUGGGUGGUGGAGAUGGAGGCGUACCUGAAGGAGCGGGAGCUGCCCUGGAAGGAGCAGAGAAGGUCAUGUGAGCCGCAGAGGCCUAUUCCACCGAUAACACACAAGUACUCCUUCUAUUUUUAA